AUGUCCUUCAUCCAAGACCCCCGCCUGCGCCAGCGCUGGAACCAGCUCUCGCAUAAUGCCGAGGCGGCGACCGAGAACGCCGCGGCGGGCAUCUGGAACUUCCAGCACCGGUACGUAAGCCCCUGCCUCGCGUCCGUCGCCGACAGCCUCGACGGCUGCGCGGCCCUGUGCCUGGGCGGCGGCCGCGACGAGCGAGCCCGCCGCGCCCGCGAGCGCGACCGCGGUGCCCGGAGGGGCCGCGCCGAGGCCGUCUUCGACUUCUACGACGACUGGGACGACGACGACCUCGGCGUCAUCGGCGGCGGCGGCGAUGGCGGCGGCGGCGGCGGCGGCUAUGGUGAUGGCGACGAUCUAGAUGGUGGUGGCGAGGGAGGUGGGUUGUGGGGAAGGUGGGCCGGUGGGCGGGCGGAGGAUUGGGAUAGGCUGUUGGCGGGCACGGGGGCCGGGCGCGGGAGGCACUCGGCCGGGGUCGGGGCGGGGGAUGUGGUGGAACAGCCGAGGCGGAAGAGGGGGAUGAGUUACGGGACGAGGGGCACGAGGAGGAAGGCGAGCGGGCAGGAGGACCCGACUAUAAUACCUAGCACGACACCAUUGGGCUUCCUCGGCCGCCUGCCGUUCAAGAUCGGCGGCACGCUGAGGUACAAGCCCUCGGCGGCGAACCUGAGAGAUCACCCGGGAGCGCCGGUGCACCACCGGCCCGAGGAGGCUGAUCCCCUGCUGGGGACGGCGGGUGAUGACGGGGAGGGGCGCCUCAAGCGAUCGCCGCCGCUUAGGGCGCGGAGCAAUACGGCCGGAUCUGGGGGUACUUCGGACUCGUACCGCUCGAGGAACGAUCUGUUCCCGAGCGAUGGGGAGGGUGACGAAGACGCAAUACCGCUGGAUGAUGAGUUCGACGUGGCCCUGGAUCGCGUAGACGACCGCGGUAGCAGCAAGACGAGGAGCAGUAAGGGGAAGCGACGGGCAGACGGACCCAUGUCGCGGACCGUGUCCAGGUCGACGGUGUCUUCGUCGCAAACGGCGGGGGGUUCCAUAAGGGAGAGGGCCAGCUCAACGUCAAUACACGCGAUGGGGGAGCCGAAAGCACCACCGUCGCUAGAAGACCUCCGGAGGGAAGAGGAGGAGGCUCGCCGGGAAGAGGACGCGGAGCUAGAGAGGAGAAGGCGCGCGGCAUCUCGGCUGGCGCUGGAACGCGGCCUGAGUAGGGACAACCUGAUUACGGGUUCUGUGCCGGAGACCAGGGCAGAGCUGGUCCGGGUUCACGACAUGCCGCAACCAUCCAUCGCAGAACCGGGUGAUAUCGACGACGAAGAGCUGGACCUGGAAGAUCCCCACAACGCUGGACCUCCCGAGGUGGAUCGCAUUCCUGGCGCACCGGUGCCAAGCAACGAUCGAUUUGUUCCCGCCCGGCUGCCUCAUUUCAGGUAG